GCGUUGAGUGGCGGGAAAUAUACAAGCUGCAAUCAAUAUCUUUCAUCUAAUGAUACUAGUUGUGUUCGACUUGCUCUAUUAGUGUUAUAUCUUUACUACAACUAUUAUUAAGUAAGGAAUACAUUUAAUUAUUGGGAAAGAAAACAACAACUUAAAUAAGAAUUAAUCCACAAAAGUAGGGACUAUAAAAUGGUUCGUACCAAAGGUGACAACUGUGCUAAAAAAGCUGUUGCAGCCAAAGCACCAAGAAAAGCUCUUAGUACUUCUGCUGCUGGAUGUAGUUCAUCCAUGUCUUCCCCAGCAAGAUCAGCUAAAGCAGAUAAAUAUGCUGGUGGAAAUCCUUACUGUCCCCGUCCCACUCCAUCAUGGCAAAAAGAAAUUAGUGCCUUCUUCAUACCUAAGGCUCAUGAAACUGACCCAGACAAAGAUGAUGGGCAGGGAUUUUCAAGUGCUUCCAUAGAGACACGCAUUAAAACUGAACCUCUCCCAUCUGAUGACGAAAACUGACCUUGUGGAUUUUCUUUCUUUCCUGAUUUUUAUGAAGCCAUCUUUGAGGCCUUAGACAUAAUUCACCAUUAAGAGACAUUAGAGACUGAAGACCGGAGAAAGCUAAGUUCUCUAAAUGUUGUUUUUAAUUGUGACUCAAUUAACAUUAUUCCUAUUUUCUUAUGAAUAUUUUAAUUAAUUUCUAGUUAUCUUAUGAAAACAACAACAGUUAACUUGGAUCAAUUUACUUAGACUGUGCAAUUAUAUAUUAAAUAACAAGGCUGACAAUUGCUUGCCCUGUUACUAUGGUGAUUAGCUGAUGUGUUACAUAGUAAAUGAGUAGUUAGCAUAUUCAUAAUUAUUAAGAUACUUAUGUAUGAGUAAAAAUACUUCAAAUGGAACAAUGCUGUCAU